AAUGUUUUUUUUGUAAUUUAGUUGUAAAACUUAACCAACGAAUCCUAUUUUCAAAAAUGGAUGCACAUACUAACAGUAUGCAACAGCGAAGCGUUCAUCAUUUUCCGUUGUUAAAAUACUGCAGAGCAAAGAAGAAUCCAGAGGGUAUGGGUUCCUGUAGUUACGCGGACGCACGAGAAAACUGGAUAACGCAAGAAGCGUCUGAAACCGUACCGAUGGUAUUUUCCGUCUCAAACGAUGGCCAUUUGAUUGUUACUUCCGGCAACGCCAUAUUGGAGAGCAUUUACACAGCAUUUUCGUCAGAGAAAUACACCUCUGCCAAAGCAUACAGAAAAAGAGACGCAUUGCUUGUACUGUACAAAGCAAAGGAAGAAUCUAGAAUGUUUCGCUUACAAUUUCAGGGCACUAUCAGUUCAAAUGCUGACGCCAUUGCCGACAGUUGUGCUAAGAUUUUGUCUAAAUUUAUACCAGUAAGAUUCGAUGGGAAAAACUCAAACGUCGAACCGCACCCUGUUAAUCCAGUUGAAACAUCUUUGGCAGAAAUUGCGCAAAAUGUCGUUCAAAAUACCCAAACUAAUCUCCCAAUGCUGUACCAAGCAUGCAAUUUUCAGUGUAGCGAAGCAGAUAGCAAUGAGUUAAACGAAUUUGUUCGCCUAUGUUUAACUGACCCGACUUUUCCGUCUUAUGUCGGGAAAGUGGAAGAAAUAUUACAGAACAUUGCUGCAGGGAACAAGGAAUGAUUUAAGACAUGUAUUGUUGUGUACAUCAUAAAAUAACUAUUGUUUUUUUCCAAAAAACUAUUGUGUUUUUCAAAAAAAAUGUGUUUUUUUAAAACUUUCUUUUUUUCCAAAAGUAUGUUUUCGUUUAUUGUUCAGAAAAUUUUGUUUUAAAACGGAAAACGCGUAAUAGCGCAACAGUAGGCUACGAUUUCUUUCAAUUUAAAGCGCGCCUUUUUUCUUUUAUUUCUGAUUCAACGGGUAUCGCUAACUUACUCACAGGCAUUCUUUUUUCACGGUAUGCUUGCAGUGUGUAAAUCCGACUCCCAGGCGUGCCGUGUUUGAACGCCAUACAUCCUUCAGAUUACGACAGGUUUGCAGUCAGGGAUUAGAAAAAGGUCUUAGGGUCAGUUUAAAGCAACCUUGCAAGUUAUUUUCUGCUGCACUGAUAAGCCAUGGAACUCAAAACGGACCACGAUCUAUUAUGUUCUCGUAUUUCAAUCGAGGUUGUUUUGAAAGCGAGUUAGGGUUUGGCAAAGUUAUAGUGGUCAGGAAAUUUGCUUUACAAAACUUGUAUCAAAAAGUUUUUCAGAUAAGGUCGCAGGAAAUGUUUUGGUUAUAAAAUUCUAUACUCAUAGUUCCUGAAGAAUUCCUUACGGCGUUUAUAGAUAAGAAACCGAUAUUUGGGAAUUUCACAAAGAGUUUCUGGUCAGUAAGUAAGGUACAACAGAUUAGAAGCCGUAGUUUGAUGUAUUUUGUAUGCUGUUACGUAUAGUAGAGUGGGAUAAGAUGGGACAUUUAGUAGUA